AUGGCUUUGACAAACUUUACCCUGCCCUUUGGGGCCUUGACACAAUCAGCUGGCGUUGCUGGCCCUUGGAGUCCCACAGUUUCACCCUUACAUCCCAUACAUCAUCAAUUGGCCAGCAAUACAAAUAAUCUACUCUACUCACCCGUAGAUCAUCAGCAACAGCCGGGCGAUGGUUCGGCACCACCACCGGGAUCGGAUUUUUACCAAAAUAAUCCCUAUGCUCCGCCACAGCAGACUUCGUAUCAACAGUACAACGGCAACAACAAUGGAAGACGUAAAAAUGCAUAUUUGCCACCAGUGCCAUCUGCAGGUACCCGUAAUACCCAAUAUCAUUUGCAACAGCCAUCUGCUGUGCCACAGCAACAACAAUAUCAUCAUCAACAAACACAACAACAGCAGCAUCAGCAACCGCAAUUUAGUCACCUUAAUCCGCAACAACAUCAGCAAAAUAACAAUAAUGCCGCCGUUUAUAAAACUGCAUCCUCAUCCUCGUCAGCAUCGAUAACUUCAUCAUUAACAGCCUCCGCUAGUAGCAGCACCAUAACAACCAGCAAUGGUCCAUCAUCCAAUACUCGCACAUAUGGUGAAGGUAGUUACUCAAGAUUUCCUCAGCCUCAGAAUAAUAAUAACAACAACAAUAACAUCCAAAAAGAAUCAUCAACCGCACAACAACAUCAGCAAUAUUUCAAUUCCUUUGCUUCGGUCAAACAAAAUCAACAUCAACAAUCUCGUCUAACUGUAGGUACAUCUGCGGGUGGCAUAAAUUUCGGAGCACCACCCAAUACAAAUGUGGAACAGCCACCACCUUCCACACAAUAUGGCGCCAGUUCGGCUAAUGGUAAUAAGCCCAACACUGGUGACAAUUCCAAUGAUGCUGCCAACGAUCCGUAUCCCGAUAGACCACCCGGUUUUACAAGAGUUCAAGCCGGUCAGGGUUCUAGAACGGGGGUACAUGCGGUUCUUGAUUAUGAUUUGGAAGAGGGUGAAGAAGAUGAUUAUUAUGAUGCUGAAGAUCAAGGUGAACCCGUUAAUAAAGAUGGUUCACACAAAUCAACAAUGCCUACCGUUACACCAAUUCAAGGACCAAUUUACCUCAAAAAUGGCACCGUGCCCGUUGUGCCGCUAUUCCACUAUCCCACAUUCAAUAAUGGCUCAUUUGUUCAGAUACCAAUUUGGUGGACAGCACUGUCCGUUGCACUGGGCCUCGAUGUACGUGGCGAUUUGAUAAAGGGUGUGCCAUGCAUAAAACGCUAUCAUCAGCUAUUCUGUCCGACGGCCGGUAACAGUUAUCCAAUUGAAAAAAUUGAACGUUUCAUUGAUGACAAUAAGGCGCUGAUGCGACGAAUGUAUGGUGAUUUUGAAAUGAACAUGGACGAUGGUGGCCCACGGCAACAGACGAAGAAGCGUAGGAGGCGUUUUAUUGAUGAACCCGAUAUUUUCCUACCACCUGGUGCAUAUCCUUCAUUUGUGCCCGAUGAUGAGGUCGAACCACAUGACGAGGAACAUGGUGAAAGUUAUUUUGGCAAGCUGCGUAAUAAACGUCAGGCUGAGAAUCAGGGAAAUCGUAACAAUAAUCAGGGUAAUCGAAAUGCCAAGCAGACGGGACCGAGGAGUGGUCAACAGGCUUCGCCGACAGGAAGAUUGGAUGCCUGUGAAUCGAAAGUGGAAAUUGUCACACCCUAUUGGGCCUCAAAUUCUGCUGGCAAAAUUAGGGCCAUAGUAAAUACGCAGCAUUUUGAACAAGCCAUACAUCAAGAGAUAUGCUCAAAAGCCCACACACACCGUUGCAUUGGUGAAUGUGGCUGUGAGCAAAAAUACAAAUGGCAUCGUCUGCUGGCCUAUGAUCCGGAUAAUGAUUGUAAGGGAAUCUUUAUGGAUUGGUUCCUGUUCCCAUCAUGCUGUGUAUGCAGAUGUAAUCCUUAAGGUGAAC